AGCCGCACCAAUUGCUGAGAUGCCUUUCCAGCGUCUCUCUUGCAAAGGCUUAUACCAAUCGAGUUCAAGCUCCAACGAACCCAUGCGGAUACUAUGCUUUUGAAUGGUGGCGAACUUUGCAUCUCGGGCACGGAUUGCUCGCCUGCUCGAAGAGGAUGUUCCGCGUCGACACAUCUCAUACGAUGCCCAUCCGCGUGUUGACGUUGCAACAUGGACACCGCGGGUUUGUUACAUGACGGCUCAAUUCUGGCCGAACGAAAUCAUUGCGCUGCAUCAACGACUCAGAUUCCCUCAGUCCGUUUCUCUAGACAACGGCUGCAUCGAAACGGGCCUCACCGCACUGGCGAUGUUGUUAGAACACUGUCAUGCCUUGAAAUUUCAGGCGGUUACCACUCCAGAUAUCCCGACCCAUAGUUGGGAAGUUUUUGCACCUUGCGAGGUUCUACCGCCAAUGUGCUAGAAUGAACCCAUUUCGAACCAUGAAAUUCAAAGACGUUUGCAUCACACUCACUUACUACCCCUUCAUGAUGCAAGAAUCUCAGAAGGCUAUCAAAGAGUUAUUCUUCCUUCACUGUUGAAUUUUUUCUCCUAAAGUCAUGUCCUUCCUUCAUUGUCUGUCUCUUUCUUUUAAAGCUUAAAAGGAAGCAAGAAUGCUACGAC